CUGAGCUGAGGAUAGAGGGGGAGGAGAGAAAGAGAGAGAGAGAGAGAGAGAGAGAGAGAGGGGAAGGAAGCGAGCGAAAGGAGAAAGUGGAAGAGCCGUAGUGUGUGUCAGUAAAAGAAGGCAGUCUCACUGCACAGGGGGAAAAGAGGAGCUGGCCAAACAGUGCCCUCUCAUUGUGCCUCUUAUAUUCUGAACACGGACGGCUGGUGCUGGAGAAAACACUUUUCACACGAGAGCAGAGAGAUGGACUCGGAUUCUGGAGAUCAGAGUGAGGGAGAACUCUCUCCAGGUCAGGAGAGUUUCAACUCCAAGAGUUUGGCGCUUCAGGCCCAAAAGAAGAUCUUGAGUAAGAUGGCCACUGUGGCAAACCUCCUCACUGACGACACCAGCAGUGAGAUUCUGGACGAACUCUACAAGGCCAGUCGUGAGUACACCAAGAGCAAAAAGGAGGCCCACAAGAUCAUUAAAGACGUCAUCAAGAUCGCUCUAAAGAUCGGCAUUCUCUACCGUAAUCACCAGUUCAGCCAUGAGGAGAUGGAGACUGUGGAGCGCUUCAAGAAAAAGAUGAACCAGGCGGCCAUGACGGUGGUGAGCUUUUACGAGGUGGAGUACACAUUUGACCGCGGCAUUCUUUCCGACUUGCUGAUGGAGUGUAGGGACCAUCUCCACGAGCUGGUGGAGCAUCACUUGACGACGCGCUCCCACGGCCGCAUCGACCACGUUUUCAACCACUUUGCACACGUGGAUUUCCUCACCGAGCUGUACGGCCCUUCUGAAGACUACAGACUCAACCUCAGGAAGAUCUGCGACGGGAUAAACAAACUCCUGGAUGAGGGCGUACUUUAACCCAGCCUCCGGUUCACGCUUUCUCAGAUCAGCUCCAUCGGCCUUCUGAGAGUUGAACUGAUGGCUUUUAUGAAACUUUUGUGUGUUUUAUGUUUAUUGUGGGAAUGAUCGGUUUUUCAUGAUAACUUGAUCAUGUGAUUGUAACCCAACCUGUAGGGAUGGGCACCAAGACGCUAGUUAAAAUCCCACCCUGGUCAAGAAACACUGCAUACCGGGUGAUCGUCUGAGGUAAAUCCCUUAAGGUGCCCGGUAGACCUGCCCUUUUGUGAGCAUCUGCAGGAACGUUUUAAAUGACAAUGCACUGUAUGAAAAUCAGCCUACCCACCCUUUAAGAAUGGCCUAGCAAUUCAAGCCUAGGGUUUCUGUAAGAGCCGGCGAAGAUUGGAACAGUUAAGCGGCACGUAUCUUUGUUGAACGGAACGCAAGCCAAAAUCAAUACGUACGUGAAGUGCAGUCGUACGAUUGUGAAUAAACUUUGGGGUUUUGGUCGUCUUUGGUCUUAUGUCUUUUUGUAUCGACUUAGAUGUCCCAUGAUCCUGUGCUUGGACUUUACAGAUCCUGUUUCUGAGCAUGUAUAGGUUUGAUCAUACAGGAGAAAAAUGUGACCCCAGAGUGUAGCACUAUUCUCUGUCAUUAAACAUUCCUUAUCAA